AUGCAGGUACAUAGGGCUAUCAAGUACAGCGAUGCCCUUGUGUUGAAGGUAAUGCGAAAUGCGAGCAGUCAUGGAAGGGAUCUGCAGGAGCUUUUCUGUGAAGUGAUGAGCAAUUCUGCGUUAUCGCACUGGACGGUUGAGCUUGUUCGUAUGGCUCGUCGCUGCAGUAACGGUAAGAGUAGUGGACAAGACAGGAGGGACGGAGGGGCAGAUGUAUUGGGGUUACUAGCCAACUUCACAACACCUGGUACGGGGAUAGACUGGGCAGAGCUCUGCUCGAUAGAUGACAAUGGCUUCCUGUUGGACCUCUUGACAGAUCAGCUCAUGCCGGGCUUCACGGGGGAUGAUGUCCUCCUAGAGAGUGUCAUGGUCGUUGGAGUGAUAGCCUCCUGUCCGGACCCCGAGGUGGGGGGACGACUAUGUGAUAACCCACUACUGAUAAGGCGCCUUAUAGACUUGCUCACCGCUAAGCAGGAGGACGAUGAUAUUGUUCUACAAUUGCUUUGGACAUUUUCUAUGCUGUUGACGAAUUCUGAGGUUUCCGAGAUGGUCCUCGAAACUGAAGAUGGUCAAGUAGUGCACUAUAUGCUCGAGUUGGUGCACGAUACUAACCCUAUGAUAGCGAGGCAGGCAUCGAUAGCUCUAGGCAUUGUAGCUGAGUUGGAGAUGAAACGAAUGAAGCGGACUUGUCCUGAAGAUGUUCGUGCGGCCAGCAGCUUGUUUGGCAAGGUUCGACAAGCGCGCUUUGAGGCGCAUAAUCAGAGGUGGAUGGCCGAGACUGAUGGUGGUGGUGAAGAGUCCGCUGACAGUGGAACUCAUUAUUCUGGAGAGGGAGUCUUGGCUGGAAGCGACGAAAGGGAUAUGUAUUUCAUGCGCCACAACUUGGCCUUCGCGGAUGCUUUGAGUGAUCGUCACUACAAUUCGUGGGGGAGGGGGACGCUGAAGGACCUUUGA